AAUUAUCGACACUUGAAAGAAUUUGUUCUUGGCAUCAAAAUCUGUAAGACUUUAUGUGGAUUUCUUGAUUGGGUUUUAACAGCUUCGGAUUGAAAAUGUCAUAUUUUCGUACACUUGUUAGAAAACGGGGUGUUUAUUUGUCAUUGGCAGCUCUAGUGACGGCAAGGCUUUUACUGGUUAGUUCUUACGGAGAUUGGUUGGACUUGUGUGUAGUGGAUAGGGCUGUAGAGAAGCUUCCUCCAGUGAAUAGUUUUGUUAUUCCUAUCCGAGAUAGUUUACUUCACAAUUUUACGGUAGCAACGUUAUGGAUGCUGCUCGUUUUAUUCAUUUUCACUUCUCCUAAAAAGGGUGCAGCAAUAUUUUUGGUAUCGUUUGUUAGUUUAUGGUUUCACUUGACAUAUUGGUUUCUCUUGCUAGUGAAAGGUUGGCUUGAUGAUGCAACUUGUAGUUUUGGACGUUUCAUAGGUCAGCCAAAUAGUAUUAGCGGUCAUUAUUGUUACUUUACUUUUUGUUUCCUAAGUUUGACUAGUCUAUUCCAAGUCAAACAACUUUAUUGGAGGGACUCGAGAAGAGGAAAGCAGUUGAAAGCAACCCUGUUGUGGAUAUUAGAAAACUAUAUAUCCAAGUUGUUUUUGUAUACGUUUAUUAUUGGCAGUAUAGUUACUGUUUAUCGUACUUUCUUUCAUGGAUAUCAUUCUUUGAGACAAAUACUUUAUGGCCUUGGUUUGGGUUGCUUGAGUCAUGCUUUAAUGGAAACUGUAUUAUGGGAAUAUUUCAUAGCAGGAAGACAUGUUUUACUCAUUUUAGGAAUACUUGCUCUAUUAUCACCCAAUUUGUUAUUUUUCUGUACUCUUUUUUGGCCAUUUCCUGUAUAUGGCUAUCCGGUGGGUAGUAAGCAAGUUAUGGGACAUAUAAUCAACUGGCUGAUUCUAUUUAUAUCUCGAAAUGCAUGGACAAAUGCGCUUCACCCGAUGAAAAGAGGAAGACACAAAGAUAGAAGUUCUUUGCGUGAACAGCAUAUUCAAGAUAUCCUGAAAGCAAAUGACGAAAAGAAGUGAAACCAAAAUGAACCAAUGUCUCGACAUUUGCGAGAUGAUAACAACAAUAACAUGCGGUUAGCGUAUGGCUCCUACAAAGUAGUGUUUCCAAGUCAUUCUCAAGUUUAUAUCCGAAUACUGUCACUUGAUACUUCUAAGAGUAUCCAUUCAAAAUGAUAACUCUUCAAUAAUAAUAGUGUGAUAAUCUGCAGUUAUCCAUCAAGAAUAAAGGCAAUAUCUAUAUA